CGCGUGGGCCACUUCGACCGGCGUCGUGCCCUCUCGACUCCUGUGCGUUCAUGCGCGUUGAGCGAAAACGCCUACUACAAAUAUCCCUCCGCACCGAGCCCGGAGCGGGAUCUGCGAACGGACAAGCUCUCUCUCUCCGCCUCUCAAUCAAGUCCACUCGUUUCAAAAAGAAGUCCACCCGUUUCAAACUUCCCCGGCGGCUCCAGGGCCGAGAUCAGGGAUGGGAGGGUGCUUCUCCGGCGACGUCCGCGGCGGCAUGGAGGCCGUCGGCGGGGGCGCGAGGGGGGCGACGGCGGCGGCGGGGCAGGGCCAGGGCCAGGGCGGGCCCAACGAGGCGGUCGACCACUUCUUCCAGGGCCAGGCGCUGCGCCUCUACACCCCUCUCGAGCUAUCCUUUUCAGCUUCCAAGUUGAGAAAUAUGGAUGCUCUUUCUAAGAGUGAUCCUAUGUUGGUGGUUUACACAAAAAUGGAUGGAAGGCUAGAAGAGAUCGGCCGCACUGAAGUGAUAUUGAAUUCACUGGAACCAUUGUGGAUCACAAAAGCUAUGAUAAAUUACCAAUUUGAGAUUGUGCAACCGCUCGUGUUCAGGAUAUAUGACGUUGACACAAAGUACCAUAACACACCACUGAAGAUGUUGAACUUGGCUCAGCAAGAUUUUCUAGGGGAAGCAUUCUGCAAUUUAUCUGAGAUAGUCACAAAGUUCAACCAUAGCCUGACUUUGAACCUCCGAAAUGGUUCUGGACAUGCCCUUCAGGGCACAGUGACAGUACAUGCCGAAGAAACUGCUUCAUCAAGGAUGGCAGUUGAUAUGCAAUUCCACUGCCUGAACUUGGAUAACAAAGACACGUUCUCCAAAAGUGAUCCUUUCUUGAGAGUAUCAAGACUGUCAGAAAGUGCUGUUGCCAUUCCUAUAUGUAAAACAGAGGUGAUCAAGAACAAUUUAAACCCUGUUUGGAGGCCUAUAACACUGACAUCACAGCAGUACAGUAGCAAGGAUGACCCACUGCUAGUUGAGUGUUUUGAUUUUGAUGCCAGCGGCAACCAUGAACUUAUUGGGGCUCUCCAGACAACUAUCGCUCAGCUUGAAAAUCUAUAUAACUCAAAGGCUGGAGCAAAUUUUUACAGCCAUAAGGGACAAAAGAAGUUGAAAGGACAGUUGUUCUUGGAUAAGUUCCAGGAAAAAGUUCAACAUACUUUCUUGGACUAUAUUUCCAGCGGGUUUGAGCUCAAUUUUAUGGUGGCUGUAGAUUUUACUGCAUCAAAUGGUGACCCCCGUGUACCACAAUCUUUGCACUACAUUGACCCCUCUGGCAGACCAAACUCAUACCAGCAGGCAAUUCUAGGGGUAAGCGAAGUUCUACAGUUUUAUGACAAUGAUAGACGAUUCCCUGCAUGGGGUUUUGGUGCAAAGAUACCACGAGGAUCUGUAUCCCACUGUUUCAACUUGAAUGCAAGCACCAAUGACUGUGAGGUAGUUGGAGUUGAAGGCAUCAUGUCAGCAUACUCUUCUACUCUUUACAGCGUUUCUCUCGCGGGGCCAACCUUGUUUGGGCCAGUGAUCAGCAAAGCUGCAGAAAUUGCCAGCCAUUCUGUGCAAUAUGGAAACAACAAAUAUUUUGUCCUGCUCAUUAUCACGGAUGGAGUUAUCACUGACCAGCAAGAAACAAAAGAUUCUAUUGUAAGGGCAUCAGAUUUGCCGUUGUCGAUUCUCAUCGUGGGAGUAGGGAAUGCUGAUUUCACUCAAAUGAGGAUCCUGGAUGCGGACUUCGGUAAGCGGCUUGAAAGCUCAACAGGCAGGGUUGCAACGCGUGACAUAGUCCAGUUCGUCCCCAUGAGGGAAGUCCAAGGUGGGCAGGUCACCGUUGUCCAGAGCCUGCUGGAGGAGCUGCCUGGGCAGUUCCUGGAGUACAUGCGCACCCGGGACAUCAAGCCGCGACCGCCCCAGCAUGCCUCGGCGCCGCCAGCCUACCCCCCUCCUCCCCAGCUGUGAAGGAACCCCGCCGGGCCCGCCACCCCACACAAGCUGGUCUGCGCGUAUGUACCAGCUGGCAAUUGUAUAGAUUCUGCCGUCUAUCUGUCUGACUAACUCCCGUCGCCUCUGCUCUCCACAUCCUACGUUAGGUACUGAACCCCGUAGAUAACUUUUCCGCCCAGGUUUAGAACGUCGCUGCAAACACUACGUAUGAAAAUUGAAAAAUGAGAUAGCUCCUAGUGAUUUUUCUCGCUGAACUGCUGCUAUGUUGGCCACUUUGUCACCGACAAGGAGUUAUCUCCUAGGCGACCCAUCUUGUUAUUGUGUACAUUUGCUUAAGGUUUUGCUUAUCGUUGUUAUCAUCUAUGGUAUGCAAUUCAUGGGUCGGCAAUCAAUGGUCGCCUGUUGGCUGUUGCUGUAGAAGAUGAAGGAAAAAAAUUCCAGGAGGCUUAGUAUCACAUUUGUUAAGCAGAGACAUGUAUAAUGUAUCCAAGACUCGUUUCUUUUGUCUGAUGAUAUUCUAUCUUUUCCUUGGUGGAACAAGAAAUCAUUUUAUUCAAUGAAA